AUGUCGGCAACAAAAUGCUACGUGAAACUGAAUUGGAAGAUUUUAUUGGUCUUUUACUCGAGCCUGAUUCCCGAUUUAACCGGUGAAGUUUUUACCAAUUCAAAGUCGUUUUCUGUGCUUCCAAUAGUUUUGGCCAGAGGUGGACACGGAGGCUCCAGGGGAGGACAUGGUGGCUCCAGGGGAGGUCAUGGUGGUUUUAGAGGGAGCCAUGGUGGAUACAGAGGCGGACAUAUUGGUUCAGGAAGGAGUUAUGGUGGUUACAGAGGAGGGCAUAGAGGAUUUGGAGGAUACAAUAGUGGUAAUCGUUAUAAUAGACAUCGUUAUGGAGGCUAUAACAACAACUAUUACCGUGGUAACUACAACAAUGGGUAUUAUGGAAGUUCCUCACCUUAUUAUGGAGGCGGCUAUGGUUACGGAAGUAUUUCACCUUAUUAUGGGAGCGGAUAUGGUUAUGGAAACGUUUACAACAAUUAUUAUCCAAGUGAUUAUUCCUCAUCUUCUUACUACGAUAAUCCAUACGCCACUCUGGGUUCUUCUUACUAUGGUACCGACGAUUAUACCGAUAAUGCGGAUUGCUUGUAUAACAGCAUCAAUUGUUACGGUGGUUCGGGAAUUUACAACUCUUACCCAUUCCUUAGAAUAUGA